CCGAGGAGGCGGGGAGCCCCGGGCGGGAGCCCUGCGACGGCGCCGAGAUGCAGCUGAAGGUGGACUUCUUCCGCAAGCUGGGCUACUCCUCGGAGGAGAUCCACGUCGUGCUGCAGAAGCUGGGCCUGAACGCCGACACCAACACGGUGCUGGGGGAGCUGGUGAAGCACGGCCCGGCCGAGCGGGAGAGCACCGAGGCCCCGCCGGAGGCCAAGGAGGCCCCGCUGGUGCCGCGGGGGGGGGCCGCCAACAAGACCCCCGCGCCCGCGCCGGCCCCGGAGGAGACGGAGGGCGAGAACCUGAAGCCCAUCGUGAUCGAUGGCAGCAACGUGGCCAUGAGCCAUGGAAAUAAAGAAGUGUUCUCCUGCCGAGGCAUCCUUCUGGCUGUCCAGUGGUUUUGGGACAGGGGACACAAGGAUAUUACAGUCUUUGUGCCAUCUUGGAGGAAGGAGCAGCCACGACCAGAUGUACUUAUAACAGACCAGUACAUUCUCCGUGACCUUGAAAAGAAGAAAAUUCUGGUGUUCACUCCUUCCAGGCGGGUUGGAGGCAAGCGUGUUGUCUGUUAUGAUGAUCGAUUCAUUGUGAAACUGGCACAUGAGUCUGAUGGCAUUGUGGUUUCUAACGAUACUUAUCGGGACCUGCAGAACGAGCGUCCUGAGUGGAAGAAAUUCAUUGAGGAGAGUCUGCUGAUGUAUUCCUUUGUUAAUGACAAGUUUAUGCCUCCAGAUGAUCCCUUAGGGCGACAUGGCCCCAGCCUGGAUAACUUUCUCAGAAAGAAACCUGUGGUGCCAGAGCACAAGAAACAACAGUGCCCCUAUGGGAAGAAAUGCACUUAUGGAAUCAAGUGUAAAUUCUACCACCCUGAAAGGAUCAAUCAGCCCCAGCGCUCAUUAGCUGAUGAACUCCGAGCCAACGCAAGGUUGUCUCCUACCAGAAGUACCAGUGCCAAGGAGGAGAAAAAGGGCAAAAGAGGUUCCCAGGCAGAGCUCUUGUGCUCUGUGCCCACAGAGAGUGAUAAAAGCUCCUUGCAGAAGGUCUCUGCAGAGAGGAAAAGCUUGACCCACAAAGCAAAGCCCAGCGAUGUUUCACUUCAGGUCAAAGGCUGUGUGUCAGGCAGCAUCCCCCCUAACAGUGGGAGCCACAGGUCUUCUGACAGGUACCAGCAGCCUCAUAUGGACUCUCUGUCUUAUAUCUCUCAGGAGCAUCUUGACUCAGGCAUUGGGUCUCUGGAGAACCAACUGUCUGAUAUGUGGCCUUACAGAUCUACCAGUCACUGUGAUCAUUCCCACGCUGAUCAGGUGGCAGUCUGCACCUGUGGUAGGCAGAGACCUGUCUACCCACAUUCUCCCAGCUUAGAGAAAAAUGGUCUGGUCUCUUACAAGCAUAGUUCCCAUAAAUCUUCCUCCUCUGGUGCUAGCUUCUUGCAGUAUAGCCCUGAGAUAUCUCACUCAGGGCCACCUCACUCUUUCUCAGGCUAUGGAGUACCUGUACACCCAGCUAAUGCUGGGCAAUACAGCCUGCCCAAUGAGUAUAAUGCCCCUCCACCCCAUUCUCGGGAGUACUGGUCUGAACCAUACCAGAUGCCGCCGCCGCCUCAAGUGAUAUCUACCAGUGUGCGAGAUCCUCGUUCAGUACAGAGAGCCCCAGGGCCAGCGUAUGGGGACUCCUGCCAGUGGGCUGUCUCUGACCAGUUUGCAGAGGAGCGGGCCAAUGUGCAUGUCAAGCUGUGUGGCAUAUUCCAUCCCCAUUUAGUUGAUGCUGUGAUGAGCCGUUUCCCUCGGCUUCUGGAUCCCCAAAGGCUAGCUGCAGAGAUACUGACGUACAAGUCUCAGAACCCAGGUAUAUGAGGCAGAAGCUGAGGGCAGCCAGGCAUGUGAAAAGCUUGAGAGGCAGUGUUUGCACUCUGUAGCUGCUGUAGAUGCCUUCUGAGGGCUUCUCCUUUUUCCUUGGAAAUACCAGGCUCCAGUUGGAGGCUGGAUACCAGAUGUGGUAUGCUCACAGCAAAUUCUGGUCUAGACGUGACAGUGUGCCCCUCUUAGAGAGGUGAGAGCACCCUAGGGUCCCAUCUUCCCCAGAGGCUGUUGAAGAGGCUCUGGGUGCUGAACAGGAGAAGAGGCUGCAGCUUCAGAGCAGGAUUUUUCCUUUGGGAUUGUAUGGUGAGUCAGACACACCCUAAAUUCCUACAGUUGUUCAGAACUGAAUGUGACCUUACUCCUCCCAUUAGCUUCAGUUUUGAGAUGAUUUAGUGUAUUAUCAGGCAUAUGGAGGGAGGACUCCUGGGGGGGGGGGGGCUUGUGAAAGAUAAGGGGGUACUACCUUUGCAGUGGUGUGAGGCUUUUUUGUGAAGACAGAAAUGCAUUGUCAAGGCUGUUCUUAGCUGUUAACUAAGCCUCUUUAGUAAAUACUGCCAUGCAGACCUGUGGAAAAAUGUUGGAUUAUAAAUAUAGUAUGAAGCUGGGUUUAGCUGUCUUUAAUUUGGUUUUAUUGGUGCACUUCUUUCAUGAUGCUUCCCAUACCCCUCCCACUUAAGGUUACCUUCCUGAGAUGAGGUCAUUCUCCAAUAUGUAGCACAAGUGCUUAGCAAGCUGCUCAGCUCCCAGAAAUAAGAGGAGCUAGGAGUGCAAUCCUUUCUCAGGAUGAGAGGCCUGACACUGCUCCAAAGCUACAUGCAAGUUGUGUGUUUGGCAUUUGCUGAAAAAUGCAGUUGUCAGAACAUGUGGAUGACCACGCUGUUGAUGCUGCUCUAAAACAUUGACCUUGCCUGGUAACCUGUCUUAGGCUAUCUCUGUACAACACUGACAAGGAGGAUUUAUGAUGUUGUGCCUUUUGUUUUCAGACAGCAAUAGUUUUGAGCAUUCAGUAAAACAGCUGUAGUCAUGUCUGGACUGCUGCCAGUACUGUUCCUGAGGAUUCCUUAGUAUUUUUCUCUGUAAAGCUGCUGCUUCAUCUUCUUACUAAUGUUUUCCUGUCCCCUUCAGCUUCGUCAAUCUAUAGCAGCAUCCAAAAAUGUAGAGUAAGACUUAUUUGGCAAGACUGUUCCCCUUUCAUUCCCUCUUACUCUGUAAGAUGUUUUUUACUGUAGAUACUGUAACAAUUUUAAAUAUGCAAACCCAAUUGCUGUAGUAAUUGGUUCUGGUCCUGGAAUUUCACUGUGCUUAGAAUGCAAAGAUGUUUCUUGCACUUGCAGGCCAGAAGCAGUUGAUUUGUUGAUACACAUUGUAUCUGUGUUUUCUGUUAUGUUUUUUAAAUACGUCCAUCUUGUGGUUAAACCAAGGUUGUUGAGUGGCAAACUAUGAAGGGGAGAGUGGAAUACAGCUGUUUCUGAGAACCCUCUUCAGGAAUGGUUUUGUCUAUUACUGUUCUUCCCUCUGACUGUCCAAGGAGUGACCUACCCAGACUGGCACCAUGUGCCAUAAAAACCACAGGGACACAGAAACCUGUAUACCUGGUUAAUUAUGAUACAUUACAAAUUAGUAAUGUUUCAUGUUAGUAAGCAAAAUGCUUCUUAAUUUUAAGUAACCUGAUACUUUGCAUAUUUGUAAAUUACAGGAAAAAUGGUUUUUAAUGUUAUUGUCCAGCAACUUGCUGCUUGAUGCUGUUUUUAAUUAGUACUAGUCUUGACUCAGCCAUUGCGUUACUUGGCAUCGUGGUUUUUGUUUUUCUGGUGGAAUGCUGAUAUAUGCUUCUUCUCUUGCAAUCAGAAGAUUAACAUUUUAUACUCACAAGCUGACAUUUUACUGAACUUCCUGUAUCAUUAUGCAGUAUAUAGUUUAUGUACUGAAUGGAGGCAGCCAUGUGAAAGCCAUGGCAAAGUAAGAACUUGUGUUAUAUGAAUAAAAACUGCUGAGUUGAGUUAUUUGGUCUCUGGUGGCUUUUUGGAAGACCAUUCAACAUUUUGGCUGGCUUUCCAGGAAAGUCAGAGGAAUUAUCCUUCCUCCCUGGGGUUCCUCUGACAAUCUUAGAUCUUCAUACACAAUCUAGUGGCAGCAACAGCCUGAUGGCUGGAUAUUGACAGGCUUGUGAAUUGAUGCAGAGUGACAGGUCAAAAAAAAAAAUCAAAUUGCUCCAAAUUGCUGUAGCAGAUAAUAGCAUGUCCAGUGUUUACUGUUUAUUUGGCAUUACUGAGGUUAGCUCACUGCAUAGGGGAGGCACUGGCAGUCGAGGUGCAGUGAGGCAGCAGUGCGCUGGCAUGUGGUUCUAACUGCAGUAUGAGAACCACGGUGGUGCUGGAUGUCUCGGGUGCUAAAGGAUAGUACACUCAAACAAUUUUGGAAUAAACAGCAUGGGCUGUGCUUCAGUUUUAAUGGGCACUCUACAGUAUAGUCUGGAAAUAAAUACGUAUUUUAGCCAGUUGUAUAGCACAUCUGUGUCAGAUGUCAAGCAUGAUCAUAUGAUAAUAUGUGAACUCUAACAUGUCAAGACUUUGCUCUAAAGCUUUGUUAUGAACUGGGAAGGAAAUGCAGUAGGAAUAUCAAUGCUCACAUUUCUGUGUAAGAAUCUUCCCCUCCCACCUGCUAUACUGCAGAACCACAUGUUCCUAUCUGACUUGCUAAAUAACUUUAUAGUCUUUAUUCAAAUUUGUGUUCCUGAUUUAAUACAGGGCAAUGACUAUUUCUAGUUAAUAAAAAACAAGGAAGGCAGGUGCUCCCAGAGAUAGUCCUUUGUUUCAAAAAGCAAAUCUGGAGCCUCACAGUCUGAAAGGUCAUUUAUUGGCUGUGGGAGAGGAACCCUCUGGAGGAUGUCAUCUGAAGUGACAGUAAGCUCAUGUGGCUCUGUACCUGUAUGAUGGCUGGGGUCUUGGUGGGGAGGGGAUUAAGUGAUGCGUCAUAGAUUUGGAUCAGACCUUUUAACCAGGUGAAGACUUUUUCUGCUGUUUGUAGUGGGGUCUGUAGUUGAAAAAUGCUGCAGGAUUUUAAGGCCAGUCUUCUUGUAAAAUACCUUAAUAGCUAAUUUUAGUUUUGCAGGAUGUGUAGGUGUGGGGGGAAUGCUUAUUUUUAUUUCUAUCAAAGCUGGACCGACACAACUAAAGGAAUCUGUGCAGAAGCACAGAGGUUCCUUACCAUAACCAGAAAAGGAAGACCUGGUGGUGACUUAGUUUGGUUAUGAUGUUAAUGGCCCUCUUCUAUUGCAGUGACAGUCCUGGUGGCACACGAAGCAAUCUGGGAGGGUCAGUUGCUAAUACAAAUCUGGUCAAAAUCAUUCCCACAAACUGCUGCUGUGUGUGCUGCUAUGCCACCCAGAAAACCCAGCCAAAAUCCAGCCACUGUUUCUCUGAAUUCUGUCAUUGUCUCAUGCAAGGCUUCUGCGUGAGUGAACCUGUGCCUCCUGCCCCUGGAGCAUUCUGUGUGUUUGAGUGCAAGUACUCCUUUCUUGUGUGCCAUGUAUCCUGGUGGGCCGGUUCACUGCGGUGCCCGGGAGCUCAGGAAGUAUGAGGAAUGCUGACCAGAACUGUCAAAGCUGCAUGGGUUUUUGCCCCACACAGUUGUCUGCACUGAGUCGGAGGAGCUGCCUACCUGCACAUGGCGGGCUGCUGUGCUUGGGCAGGCUCUCGCUGUGCUGUUAUUGUGGAAUUUUCAAGACACAUCCUGUGGCUUACCACUUCCUUGGGGUGCAUCGGCAGGGAGGACCUGUCAUGACUGCUGUGCAUUUGCAUUGUGUUUCUUAUCCAUUUAAAAUAGGUUAGAUCUUCUUGUAAGCUUACUGAUCUACUGAAGUUUAAGGAGGUCAUACACAGACACCCUGUUGAAAGUUUCCUGUAUUUCAGCGGGGUUGCCCUGCCUCCAUCCUGUUGGCCUUGUGCAGUUGGUAAAGCCUUGUGCUGAGCCCCGCAGGAGGCUCGCUCCUCUCUGAGCAGCUUUUCCUACCCUGACAGGGUGAGGAAUGGCUGCUGUUCUCUUCGAAGGGGGCAGCUCCCAGGCUGAGCUGGAGAACGGGGUGCAGAAGGCACCUGAAAAGUCAGGGCAUAAUAAUGGGAAAGAGAAGGAGAAUUGCUAAGAUGACCCAAGGCUGUUUCUGUUGGACAGUGGGGCCAGCGGGAGCUGGCUGAACGGCUGUGAGCUCUGCAAAACAAGUCUGGUGAGCACAGCCAUCGCUAGCUCUUUCCUUCCAAAUCAAGCGUGCCAUCCUUCACCCUCUGGCAGUGGUCAAGUCAUUCUCACUUGUCAUCUGUGUUGCUU